AUGAAUAAAUUUGUCACACGAGCAACUCCACUAACUCCACGAAGAGGCCUUCAAAAGCGCCCACCAACGACCGAAAGAGCAGGAAAUGAAAAUGUGUCUUCUGCUGUAAAUGUGCCCGAAACAGACAAGAAAGCAGAUGAACCGACUGUAAUGGAAAAACUGGUCAGUUGAUUUGUCUGAAAACUACAUACUGACUACGGGUGCUACUACAGCACAUGGCGAUACGAGAAGACGAUGCACAGUUCACUUUUGACGUGCUUUCCAAGAAUCGCCCGUUCGACCAAGCCAUGAACGUAAGUUUAAAUUGAAGCCAAGAUAAGUAUUCAAAAUGCUUUUCCAGAAGACAAUGACAAAGAUAGAAUUUGCUUCUACUUACUCCGACAAUUCUUCUGAAUUCAUGCUUCUCUCGGUUGAUGAAUCCGUAGUUACCGCCUUCAAGGAAGGACAGAGUCUCACGAUCCGAGGAGAUUCCACCGAUGACGCCGUUCUUUGCACCGACGUCGCCACGUUCCCCAUCAAAAUGAUGGAGUCUGCUUCGACGGUUCUUCUGAUGCACGACGUCCUCGAUACUCCCGAUUCCCCCACAAUCCCGAAUUUCGAAGUGAAAAUGGUCAGUUUCUGGCCGCCUUUUUUCAUUGAAUAUUUCGUUUGUUUUCAGGUCGACGGAAAAAGCUUCUCAUCGGGCGAAUUGUGUGCGGCAGUGGACGUUCUGAAUAUCGGACGCCUGAAAGAUAUGCUGAGGGAGCAGGAAUUGAAAUGGGAAUGGAAGGAGAACGAAUCGGAAGAGAAACGGAAAGGCUACAAAAUGGAGGAGUUGCUGGACUCCGUUCAAAUGAGCGUCGGAGAAGUAAAGACUGCGCUCGCCGACUUGCCAGUGAUCAAGUUUCCGAACGGAAGAUUCAGAUAUCUUUCGCACAAGUUCAGAGGGGAAAUGCUCGGAUUGAUUGUUGAAAUGAUCGAUGAAGACGAGAUCGCAGAGGUCUCGAUGGAAUCGGUCCGUUCCAGGCACCCCUUUCCCAAUCACAUCUCCCAUUUUCAGAUGUCGUUCUCCGGCUUGCGUGCCAAUCUUCCACAGAACGUUCCAGAUGAGGCCAUCCGUUGGUUUCUCCGUUCCCGCUGUCGGACGUCUUCACAAGAAGGCGUUCAUUCUCUUCCGCAGGAGAAUCUUCUUUGUGAUCUGGCAGUCGUCAUCCUCCAGGGACCUCAGAAACUGCCGCUCCAGCAGUUCCACGAUUUGCUUUCCAAAAUCAUUCCCUUUGGAGUGGAAGUGAACGACUCCGUCUUCGAGGGAACUGCCGAUAUUGCGGAUGCUCCGUUCGGAAAGAUAAUCUCCUAUUUGGCUCCGGAAGACCUUCCGGACACUGUCAAAGAACGAAUGCAGAGCCUUUUCGAGCACCGGAAGCUCUGGUCAAUGGACCAACUUCGUCCGUAUUUCGUUGAUCUGUUCAAAUCGAAAGUCGCCUUCGACAAAUUCGUCGUUCAAAAUUGCGACUACACCGUCUCCGAGUCUAACGAAAUGUUCUAUUGUGGUGUGAGAAUUUGA